AUGGUUGGAGGAGAUUUCGAUAUUAUCUUAUCUGAUGAGGAAAAACUGGGGGGAUUACCAGUUACCUUGGAUGAAUGUGAAGAUUUUGCUUUUUGCAUUACCUCUUGUGAGUUAUUUGACAUGGGAUACAAAGGAAGCUUAUUUAUGUGGUGGAAUGGGAGAUCAGCAGGGGAUUCUAUAAGAGAAGAAGUAGUAAAGGUGAAGGGAGCAAUCUUUGAGGAGGAUCCAAGCAUUGUAAACAGAAUUGUUUUACAAAAGACACAAGCAGAAUUGAAGAAGUAUUUGCACCUUGAAGAACAAUAUUGGAGACAGAAAGCAGGAUUCACAUGGUAUGCAGAAGGGGAUAGAAAUACAAGCGUCUUUCAUAAUUAUGUGAAUGGAAGAAGAAGGAACUUGCAACUGAGCAGAAUUCAGGAUGGCACUGGUUCUUGUCUUGGAACAAUGGAUCUCAUUUCCCAGGAGACUUUGAACUUCUUUCAAAAUCAAUUCACACAGGAAGGAGAUUCAGAGGAUUUUGAUUUAUUGAAACAUGUACGCCAAAUGGUGACUCAUGAGCAGAAUAUGGGUAUAUGUGGUUACCCAACUAAAGAGGAACUUAAGAACGCAGUUUUUGUCUUGAGUAGGGAAAGUGCUAGUGGCCCUGAUGGCUUUACUGGGGUGUUCUACCAGCACUGUUGGGACAUUGUUGGAAAUGAUGUGCAUGCAAUAGUUUUGGCUUUCUUUGAUGGAGCAGAAUUACCAAAGUCCAUAACUCAUACUAAUCUGGUCUUAAUACCCAAGAAACAUCCUGUUCAAACUUGCUUAGACUUAAGACCAAUUAGACUUUCUAAUUUCAUUAAUAAGGAGAUAGUCUCAGAUAUAAGAAUCAGAGGCAAGCCUGCCAAUGUGAUCAUCAAACUAGAUAUGGCCAAGGCUUAUGAUAGAGUUUCUUGGAAGUAUUUACUACAUGUGCUAAGGAAGAUGCGAUUUGCAGAGCAUUUAAUUAAUCUUAUCAGAAGAUUGGUUGAUAAUAAUUGGGCUUUGAACUCUUUGUUUAAGGAUAGUAAAUUCAUUGGAUAUGGGAUGCCAAAGUGGACCUAUCCUAUGAAUCAUCUUGCUUAUGUUGAUGAUAGUAUUAUAUUUACUUCUGCUGAUCCUUAUUCUUUGAAAUGCAUUAUGUAUGUUCUAAAUAAAUAUGAGAAGACUUCUAGGCAGCUUAUUAACAAAGGAAAGAUCUCUUAUUACAUGCAUAGCAAUGUUGGAGGUGGGAUGAUACAGACAGUAGGGGAUAUAACAAGUUUCACAAAAGGAAAUUUUCCUUUUAUAUAUCUAGGGUGUCCUAUCACCCAUUCCAGGAAAAAGAAGAUCUUCUACUUAGAGCUUAUCAAAAAGGUGAAAGGUAAACUACUUUCUUGGAAAGGAAAACUGCUAACUUAUGGAGGAAAGGUUGUGUCGAUCAAAAGUGUGCUUCAGAGUAUGCCCAUACACUUAUUGUCAGUGUUAGCACCCCCUCUAUGUGUUUUGAAGGAUAUUCAUAGAAUAUUUGCUAAAUAUUUUUGGAGCAAUGAUGAGGAGAGGAAAUGUAGACAUUGGGCAGCCUGGCAGGAUGUUUGUUUGCCUACUCAUGAAGGGGGAUUGGGUCUUAAAUCAAUGUUUGAUGUCUCUAAUGCUCUGUUUGCAAAAUUGCGGUGGAGAUUCAGAACAACUGGAACCAUGUGGGCUAAUUACAUGUGGAAUAAGUAUUUUAAGAAGCUAAUUCCUACUCUGGUUCAUCAAGUGACCAGGAACUGGUGGAAACUGAAUUGUGCAAAGAAACUCAAACUUAUUUUGCAUGCUGUCCCAAUUUGGAGGAGAUUGUUGAACCUAGAUAAGCAUGAAGUCCCUAAUCUGAGAAUUAGGAAUGCCAAGAACACUGGAUACUCUGAUAUACAUGGUUUAACUUUUUAUCAUCAGCAAAAUGCUAUGAAAGUUAUUCGAAGAAUUAGGAAGAAACUUUACCUUAUAGAUCAAGAUUUGGCUACACUCUGA